CAAAUGUACCCAAAAUGUACGAUGCACAUGCAAUUGUAGCAUGAAUUUCAUCACUGGGGUCGAUAGUAUUGGUUUUCAUACACAAACCAUCGAUAUAUCGAUAAUAUCGUCGAUAUUUUUCCAUUUCUAUUAAUUUGCAGAUUUACAUUUUCUUAAACUAAAGGGAUCUCAAUUUUAGUGUGAUAAAAAUGUCGUCCGAAAAAGACAAGGAAAAGAACGCUAAAGGAGAUUUGGGGCUUUUGGAGGAAGAUGAUGAAUUUGAAGAGUUCCCAGCUGAAGAUUUUAAUAUUGCUGAUGAUGACCAAGACGAGAUCAACGUGUGGGAAGAUAAUUGGGAUGAUGACAAUGUCGAAGACGAUUUUAAUCAACAACUGAAAGUACAUUUAGAAAAACAGGCUAUGGAAACGUGAACUGCCUAUUUUAGCAAACUAUCUAGUAAAAGAUCAAUGAUGCAAGCAAAUAUAGGUCGUAACGUCGUACAUAGAUGGUAAAAAUAUUGGAAGUUCGUGUGUGUUUCAUUUAAAUAAAUAGGCUGUAUUUUGUUGCUCCGCCCAACAAAAUAGCAUGAA